UUUGAAAGGCGUCGAAGAAGAGCAACUUCCGUUUUCCGCUCGGCUCCCGCCCCGCUCCGCCAUCAUGAAGUCCUGAACAAAAACGGAUGAGAGUCGAGCAAAAUGGGGAUAACACGAACUGUUGAUGAAAUCCGCCGACAGCAUUAUCGUAAUGACAGUGCACAGUGCUGAGCGGAGCGGAGCUGUCCAUUUGAAUGCACCAGCCUCCCACUGAAAGCGUCCCCGGCAGCUCCUGGCGUUGCGUUAUUUAGUUAGCGCUGGUGCUAACAGCAGCCAGAGCUAGCCGCUGAUUUUCUCUGGACGACGACGCUGCUGGUGCUGGUGCUAGGUUAGCUGGCAGGCGUCGGUCUAGCUAGCUGUCACUUAAACUGACUGCCACUUGACUCAUGUCAAGUCGCACACGCCUGCUAGCUGUCCAAUUGACUGGGGGCAUCAGGAUGGAGAGGGGUUUAAGUAAAAGCAUCGACAGGCAGAAUGUGGUUUAUUGGUGUUGAAUAGACACCAGCACCGAGGAAAGAGGAGUGAAGACCACUAUUUUCCAGCCAGGCCAGUUAGCUAGCUUCAGAGCUAGCUACAGUGGAUCCCAAAAGCCACGGCGCUGGCCAUGCCAUCGAGUGUGCGGGCCGGGAGCCUGAAGGACCCGGAGGUGGCUGAGCUCUUCUCGAGGGAAGAUCCCGAGAAGUUCUUCACGGACCUGAGGGAGAUCGGCCAUGGGAGCUUCGGAGCAGUGUACUUUGCCCACGACAUCCGCACAAAUGAGGUGGUGGCCAUCAAGAAGAUGUCCUAUAGUGGCAAACAGUCCAAUGAGAAAUGGCAGGAUAUCAUCAAGGAAGUGAAGUUCCUCCAGAAACUGCGCCACCCCAACACUGUGGAGUACCGUGGCUGCUACCUGAGAGAGCACACAGCCUGGCUGGUGAUGGAGUACUGCUUGGGUUCAGCUUCUGACCUUUUAGAAGUCCACAAGAAACCGCUGCAGGAAGUGGAGAUAGCUGCCAUAACCCAUGGUGCAUUGCAGGGAUUGGUGUAUCUUCACUCUCACAACAUGAUUCACAGGGAUGUGAAGGCCGGAAACAUCUUGUUGACAGAGCCAGGUCAGGUCAAACUGGGAGACUUUGGCUCGGCCUCUAUUGUCGCUCCAGCCAACUCCUUCGUGGGAACACCUUACUGGAUGGCCCCUGAGGUGAUCUUAGCCAUGGAUGAGGGUCAGUACGACGGGAAGGUGGAUGUGUGGUCACUUGGCAUCACCUGCAUAGAGCUGGCGGAAAGGAAGCCUCCUCUGUUCAACAUGAAUGCUAUGAGUGCCUUAUACCACAUCGCCCAGAAUGAGAGCCCUGUGUUGCAGUCUAAUCACUGGUCGGAUUAUUUCCGCAAUUUCGUGGACUCCUGUUUGCAGAAGAUUGCCCAGGACAGACCUACCUCUGAUGUGCUGCUCAAGCACCAUUUCCUAUGCAGAGAGCGUCCCAUGACAGUUGUGAUGGACCUGAUUGCACGCACCAAGGAUGCUGUUCGUGAGCUGGACAACCUUCAGUACCGGAAGAUGAAGAAAAUCCUCUUUCAUGAGGCGCACAAUGGUCCCGCACCUGAAGGAGGCGAUGAGGAAGAGGAUGUGGAGCAGUACAUGCUGCGCACCGGCACAGUCAACAGCAUGGAGAGCUCCCACUCUCUGCCAUCCAUGUCCAUCAGCGCCAGCUCCCAGAGUAGCUCGGUCAACAGUCUGGCAGACGGCUCCGAUGACAGUGGGGAGAUGGCCAUGAUGCAGGAGGGAGAGCACACCGUCACCUCCAACAGCUCCGUCCUGCACAAGCCGCUGAGCCAUGACAACAUCUAUGACGAUCCCUAUCAGCCAGAGGUUGAUUCUCAGCGAGAAGCUGCAUCUGCUGGUGGUGGUGGAGGAGGAGGGGGAGGGGGCAGACGUCGACGAGGCCGAGACCAUUUUGCCACCAUCAGGACCGCCUCACUGGUCACCCGUCAGAUCCAGGAACACGAACAGGGCUCUGCACUGAGAGAGCAGAUGUCCGGAUAUAAGCGAAUGCGGCGUCAGCACCAGAAGCAGCUGAUGGGCCUGGAGAACAAGCUGAAGGCCGAGAUGGACGAACAUCAGCUGAGAUUGGACAAAGAGCUGGAGAAUUUGAGGAACAGUUUCUCAGUGGAAGGAGAAAAACUCACCAAGAAGCACCAGGGUAUCCUGGAGAAAGAGGGAAAGGCGGUCGUGUCGGAGGAGAAGAAGUUCCAGCAGCACAUUCUGACGCAGCAAAAGAAGGAGCUGACCGGCCUGCUGGAUUCCCAGAAACGACAGUAUCGGCAGCGCAAAGAGCAGCUCAAAGAGGAACUGAACGAGAAUCAGUCAACGCCAAAGCGGGAGAAACAGGAGUGGUUGGUGCAUCAGAAGGAGUGCCUGCAGCAGCGGCAGGCUGAGGAAGAGGCGGGUCUGCUGCGGAGGCAGAGGCAGUAUUAUGAGGUGCAGUGUCGCCAGUACAAGAGGAAGAUGCUGCUGUCACGCCACAACCUGGAGCAGGAUCUGCUCAGAGAGGAUCUGAACAAAAAGCAGACUCUGAAGGACUUGGAGUGUGCCAUGCUCCUGCGUCACCACGAAUCCACCCAGGAGCUGGAGUUCCGCCAGCUGAGUUUGGUGCAGCGUACGCGGGCCGAGCUGAUCCGCACGCAACACCAGACGGAGCUCACCAACCAGAUGGAGUAUAACAAGAGGCGUGAGCAAGAGCUGCGUCAGAAACACGCCAUGGAGGUCCGCCAACAGCCCAAGAGCCUCAAAGUGAGUGACAGCACCCAGAGCCAGGGGUCUCCCGAGGAGGGAAAGAGCGAGCCGACAGAGGGGCCGAGCGGCAGCUGGGACAGCGAGGGAGGGGGGGAGGAGCUAGAGGAAGAAAAGGAGAGCGAGAUGGCGGCGAAGGAGAUGUAUGAUGUUGGGGAUGAGCUUGAUGGAGUAGUAGAUGAUGAAGAUGAAGUUUUUAGCAGAGGGGUAGAUGAGGUGGAGGGUGUGCGUGUGGCUGAGGGGAAGGACGAGGUAGACGAGGAGGGAAGUAAAUCUGAAGAAGCUAACGGCAGAGAAGAUUUAGUUGAGUGGAAAGUCGGUGAAGAGGAGACAGAAGUGAGGGAAGUAGAAGGAGUGCAGUGGGAGUACGAAGAGGAUCGUGGUAAAUCUGCACACAUAGAGACCAAUGAAGAAGAAGAGGGCAGGGGUGUAGCUGACGGUUGUCCGUCGGAGCUCAUCUUGUCCUCGUCCCCAGAAAAGAGGCGGCUGCGUGAGCGAGACAUCGAUGAGCUGUCAGAGUUUUACUUCCCUGACGCCUCGGAGGAGCUGGAGACCAUACCCGUCUCACCCCCACCCGCGCCUCCUGCCCAGACUUCUCUCCCCUCACUCUUCUCUCACGGCAUCUGCCUCCUCCUCUCCCUCUCUGUCGCUGCGCAGCCUUCCAACCUCACUUUGCUGCUGCUCUCCAUCUUCCUCCUCUCCCUCCGCCGCUCUCCACCCCUGCCCUCAGUGGCAUCCGUUCUCCUCUCUGCUGAGCUCGCCUUCUUGGCUCUCUUCUUCUCGUACCUUUUCCUUCGUUCCUGCUGUUCUCUGUCGCUUUCCACCUACCUGACUCUCAGCCUCUGGGCCAACGGCCUCUUCAGUUUAGGACUCUCCAUCAGUUUGGGGAUUUAUUACAUCCCCAUUAUUUUCAUCUCAGCCUCCUUCCUCAGCUCUCCCUCCAUUUUCCUUUCCCUCUAUUUGGUCGUGGUCCUGAUUGUCAGGCCAGCCCGUGAUUUCUUCCAGCAUGCGCCCCGCAAAGUCAACCGCCUCUGCAUGCGCGUCCUCUUUCGCCUGCCUCGGCCACUGUUUGCCAUGUGCCAGUCGGUGCUGGGCGGUAUGGCUGAGCGUAACCUUUAUGAGAUGUUUCCUAAAGCAGGCCGCAACUGGGGUGUUCGCCAGUCCAAAAUCCCAGUUCCACUAAAGAGCCUGGCCUUAGAGUAUCAGGCUCAAUGCAGGAGCACCUCUCUUGUAGCCAAGGGCCUGCUGUGGGUGAAGCGUUUCGGCAGACGCCCCCUCGGCGUCCUGGCAGAUCUAGCUAACUCUGUAGUGCUAAAACUAGCCCGGCAGGUCAUUAAAAAGCUGCCGCUCAGGGUCAGGAUAAAACUCCAAACCCUUGGCAUCUUGAAAAAGGAAAUUCCAAGCAGGUUACCGCGCCUGCUGCCCCGGGAGGUCAGAGAGAGGAGACAGAGGGAGAGGAGGAGGAGAGAGAGGGAGAGACAGAGGAGGGAAGAGAGGGAGAGGAUGUUUCGCGAGGAGAUGAGGUGGGAGUGUGGGUUGAGGCGAACUUCAUCGGGACGGUUUGUCAAGGGGAAAAUUCGGCCGUGGAGAUAGCAAGAGUGAGACAUGUCGGGAACAUUUUGGUGUGAGAUUGUGUGAAUGUGUGUGUGCGAGCGUGCGUGUGUGUGCACGCCAUUGUGCAGCCAUUCAUUGCGUGUUUGGGCCCCAUUGUCUCCUUUGUUACUCAAACUGGUCACAUUUCUUAAAGAUGAGCCGUAUUUAACCCACACACACUCGUAUGCACACAGAGGUUUGUGUGCGCUGGCUCCAGAAGCGUGUGUGUGCGCGCACGCACAUAACAAGCCAUAUUACUGAAUGAGUUGGCUUGACCAACUUGAACAAGCUGUCGAACCCACAGUUGCUGAACGAAACCCAGUGAAGUUUUAAUAUUUCAUUAUUUUUGCUUUUUGUAAAAGUUCCUUUAGAAGUUUCUUUAAUUUUUAUUAUUUUGCUCUUAAUUUGUAAGACAGAUAUUUUUUUAUGGUUAUUUUUGAGACCGUUUUUUGUGCAAUCUUUUGUUCUUCUUCAUAGUUGUCUUACUUCACAGGGUGCGCUGUUUCCUCAGUGCUUCGAACAAAUAUUAGAGUGUUAUGUAGCUCAACGGCUGUAAUAUCUCUCCCCAAAGCACAAAGUACUGUGAAAAUGAAAGAUCGUCAAUAAUUUCACUAACAUCAGCCUGAACACUAGCUCUCAGCCGACUGAAAAGUGCAAUAAACCGCUGAGUGGAAACAUCUCGGACCAUCGUGAGAGCAGAGAGGAAUAAUUAUUAAUAUUUUGGUCUUAAAUGAUAAAGUAUGGGGCCAUUUAGCUGGAACAAAAAACAUAUUCAGUUGAACUAGAAUACGUUUAUACAUAUUACUGCUAUAAUUAUUAUUAUUAUACAUGCAGCUAGUGAAUACAUCAUCUAGAUUCUAGUUGGAUAUUAUGACUAUUAUGUUUUAUUGCAUGUUGUGCAAUAAUCUUGUUAUGAUUUACCAUGUAAACAUUUCGCUCGUAGUAAUCGAAUAAGAAGUGCCUGCUUUCAAGAGUCUGUUGUGAAGUGAUAUCCUAAAUCUAUAGCGGAAACAUAAGGAAUCAGGAUAAUCAGGAUAUGUUUUUGCAUAGUGAAAGUAUAAGAAACUGUUUAAUAUUUCAAUGUAACUCGUUUAAUAUGAAGCCAUAUAGACAAUCUUUUGAGGUAGAAUUAUAGUAAAAAGAUUGAAACUACUGAAUGUGAAAAAUGAGGCUGAGCAGGUCACUAUCGAAUGAAGAGAAGGCAGAUAUCUGAUUCUAUCUAUAUUUUGUUUUGCACUGUGUUGAAAGAUAUUAAAGAAAUACAAAUAUCUAUGAAAAGAUCGUUUCAAUUUUAGCUUGUGAAGCUUAAAAAAAUACACCCGUCGCAACUCCACCCAGCUGUUGUAUUCAGAAAACCUAAAGAUAAUCAGAGAAGCUGAAAACCAAAAUGUUUGAGCCUCCUUUUA